AAGUUUAUUAUUCCAUGGUAGCCUUCUUCUUUGCCAUAUCCCUUUACUAGCCGCCACAUAUUCUCCUCCCUCCAUACAAUUUGCUUCCAUGUCCACUAAUUUACUUGGAUCACCAUUUCUUCUCAAAAAUGUACUAACAAUUUCUCCUUAUAACAACAAUAAACUAUCCAUUUUCACCAUUAAAGCUUGUUUACACUCUUCAAGAACCAAAACCCCUAACCCAAACAAGUCUCAAAUUGAUGAUCAUGUCUACAACUAUACAAAAUAUUGCACACCCAAUUUCCCUGACCAUGUUUCUCAAACACCCAUUUCAGAAAAAGAGCUAAAAAACACCAGGAAUGGUGGAAUUUUGGAUGAUUUUGAAAAAAAAGGUGUUCUUGAUUUAUGGUUAAAAAUGCAAGAUGAGGCUAGAUUUGAUGUUGAGCAAGAACCCAUUUUGGAAAAUUACUAUAAAAAUUCAAUCUUGGUUCAAGAUUGUAUGGAAAGUGCUUUGGCAUACCAUUUGUCUUUGAAAUUGAGCAAUUCAAGUUUACCUAGUGAUGCCCUUUUUGAGCUUUUCAUGGGGGUGUUGAUAGAGGAUCAAGAAUUGAUUUUUGAUGUUACAGAUGAUUUAAGAGCUGUUAAAGAAAGGGAUCCUGCUUGUGUUAGUUAUGUUCACUGUUUCUUGAAUUUUAAAGGUUUUUUAGCAUGUCAAGCACAUAGGAUAUCACAUAGGUUAUGGUCUAAAGGUAGAAAGAUUGUAGCUUUAGUUAUACAAAAUAGGGUGUGUGAAGUUUUUGCUGUUGAUAUUCAUCCUGGUGCUAAAAUUGGUAGUGGGAUUUUGCUUGAUCAUGCUACUGGUGUUGUUAUUGGUGAAACAGCUGUGAUUGGUAAUAAUGUGUCAAUUUUGCAUAAUGUGACAUUAGGUGGUACUGGUAAAGUGUGUGGUGAUAGGCAUCCAAAGAUUGGUGAUGGUGUUUUGAUUGGUGCUGGUACUUGUGUUCUUGGAAAUGUUAGAAUUGAAGAUGGUGCUAAGAUUGGUGCUGGUUCUGUUGUGUUAAUGGAAGUGCCUGCAAGAACUACUGCUGUGGGGAAUCCAGCUAGGUUGAUUGGUGGAAAAGAAAAUCCAAUCAAACUUGAUAAAAUUCCUAGUUUGACAAUGGACCAUACUUCACAUAUGUCUGAUUGGUCUGAUUAUGUAAUUUAGACUAUUGGUUUGUUCUGUACGGACUUAGAGAUCAAAUAUAAUAUGUUUUUUCGUUUCACUUCA